AUGGCCGAAGAAAACACCCCUGAACGGGGCGGUACGCCUCCUGUUGCCCCUACUAGAUUGUUCAGGAGCCCUGUGGCCAAGCUUAGUUCCAAGAUGGCGAAGGAUCUGGAGGAAAACGAGGGUGAUAGCCUUGAUAAUCUCGUGGAAUACGUCAAUUCUGCCCUGGCGAAAACAGUCUGUUUUGACCUGGUCAACAAACCUGGACGUGCUACAAGUUGCACUUGCCUACACGAUCUGCAAGAACAGAUAGAUGACGACGAUAUUCACUCCUGUGCGAAGGCACUGUUCUUGUUCUGCAAGUUGGACUAUGCAGAAAGAAAGAGAAUGGUGAAAGAAUGGAUCCGCUCUGGAUUGGCCGCACAACUCAUGUUCCAAGGACUUCAUCGUGAAAGUUCAACAAGAGUUUUCCUUUUACCUGGUUCGACAACAAGGUUGAUUUGCAGGAACGCUCUAUGCCAAUUGAUUGGUUAUGGACAGAAGGCGUGGAAGGGAGUGGUCAAGCUUGUCAAAUCCGGUGAUGAUCCUGUCCACGGAUUGAAGAACAAGCCCGGCAACAAACUGAACAGUAGAUCGCUCGACCAUAUGAAUGAGUUCUUCUCUUCAAUGAAAGAACAUGCUCUUCCCCGUGCAACCAAGAUUGUCCGGACAGAAAUGGUUGAUGGGUUGAACACGGCAAUUGAACUUCGAGAGGAAGAGAAAGAUGUUGUCGAAUUGCCAUCUUCAAUGACAAAGCGGUGUCUGUACAACCGAUUCAUAGGAGAGCUUGGAUGGAAAAUCAAGUGGGACAACAAGGGGCGCCUGUUGAAGAAGGUUGAAAUCCCUGACAAAGAACAGAAAGUUACUGCUUCUCAGUUGCCAUCGUGGAGCUCCUUUCGACGUUUCUGGAAGAAGGAAUACCCAAAGCUUGUUAUUCAGAAGCCAAGUGCCGACAUCUGCGACCAGUGCUAUGUCUUUGCCAAUAAACACAAGUACUGCGAACGACAUGCUCCUGCUGCAGCAGAGAAGAAGAAAAACAACAACAAAGAUAAUGAAGAAGAUUCUGAUGACUCUGAUGCAGAAGAGUUGGAGUUUGAGAAAGCACUGACCAUGGUUGAUCCCUAUGCCGACAUUCAGGAAAGGUUUGAUGCCAUCAAUGCCAUGGAGGAUUCUGUAAUGUAG